GGGUCUUGUCCUGUGGUCCUUAGGAAGUCAGUCAGUAGGUUAGUGUGUCCGGGUAGGGCUACGUGGUGAGGAGUGGGACCCUUGUUGUGCACCAACACCACGAUGGACGACUACCCGAUGUAUGGGUUGCUGGUUGGGUUCUUCCUUUGGGGGACCCUCUGGCGUCUCCUCUUUCCUCUGGGAUUUUGGCAUACAUAAAGGAAGAAGAGGAGCAGCUGAAGGAGGUGGAUGAAGAGGAGGAGGGACCACCACUGCAAAGGAGUGGGCAACACAGUGGCGGCAAGGACGCAGAGAUGGAGAAAUGGAUUUCGGAGUGGGUCGCCAACUUAUCCCUGGGUGAGGAGGAAGACGUUGCUAUGUACAUCCCGAAGGAUGAGCAAGAAGCCGCCAUGAAGAAAUGGGAAGCAGAAGAAGAUGUUCUGACCCGGCGGGCGAUGGAGGAUGAACAAAGGAUGGCGUGGAAGCUCAUAGUGAUGAGGGAGAAGAAGAGAAGAGUGGAGGCGGCGAAUGCGGCAAUGCAGGAACUGGAGGAGAGCGUUGAGCGGUUAGCUAAAGUGCAAGAAAGGCACUUUGAGUUUAGUUGCAGCGAGGAGAUAUCUGUACGCUCGAUGCGAACGGGCUUACGGGAUUUUGUUCACGAACUAGUAGGCGCUGUGGGAUCCGAGGUGAGUCAUCGCCUCGAGAAGAAUGGGCGUUUUUGUGUUGGCGCCAUCGAAGGCGUCAAGGUGGCCGCUCCCAAGGAGGAGGAGGCCCGUCCUCGCAGGGAGCCGGUCAAAGUCAAAUUCCCUGAUUCCUACAGUGGGAAAAGGGAAGAGAACUUUGACAAUUGGAAGGCCAAUGUUAAGACUAAUGUGCAUCUGCAACAGGUAUCCCCGGAUCAGCAGGUCCUAAUUGAGAUCCACGCGCUUAGAGAUGAGGCCGCCAACUUUGCAAGGUCCCAAGUUCGCGCUGCCAACUGUAGUGACGACCCGGUAGCGUACUCCUCGUUCACGUCCCUCACCGAAUUCUUGAAGUUGUUACGCGAGCGAUUCGCUGAUGUUGCCCGUAUUGUCAAAGCCUCAGAUAGGCUUCAGACAAUACACUCGCGCCAAUGGAAGAGUGCAAGGGCACUCAAGGGCACAAUGGAUGAGUUAGUGGUUUUUCCUGACCACAAGGUCACAGAGACUCUGUUGGUCAACCUCUUCUACCGGGCCAUGCUCGAAGCGCUGCGUGGUCACUUCUUUGACAAGAGUCAGGACCCUGCUAUGACUUAUGAUAUACUUAGCAGGGAAGUGGUCGCGUUCGAGGCGAAGUCUGCGUCUAUUUCCACUUUCUGACACAAAGAUUUAGACAAAGGCAAAAAGUGGAAGGGUCGCACUAUCUUAGGGCAGGUCAAGACUAAGGAUAGCCUUGUGCUC